CACGCUCAGAUUCGCCGGUCGGAAGUUUUCCGAAAAAACGUGUCACAGAUCGCUUCCCCAACACGUGAAAGUGCCUUCCCAAUUUUGCGGCCCCUUCAGCUUCCCUCGAUCACCUGCCCGUCUAAAACGGUUCUAGCCAAGUCAAUUUGCCGAUCGUUCUUUCUCCGCAAGAAGGGCUUGGUCCGAGAAUAAUUGCCCGAAUAUAGCAUUUUUUCGUUGCCCCCAAAAAGUAGUUCCGUUACCUGUAUUCUGCCGCUUGGAAACCCCGACCAAUCAAAAUGGUUCUUGGCUUCGUGUGCCGCCAAUCAUCAUCGUUGCUCACUCACACUCUCACACAUCCGUUGAAGUUCUCAGCGAGCCGGAGCACGCCGUUUGUCAAUUUUGUCACUUCUUCAGCGAAUUUAGCCAAAAAAGCAAAUAUGGCCGGACGUUCCAAAGUGUAUUUCGACAUGACCGCCGACAAUGUCCCUGUGGGCAGGAUUGUUAUGGAGCUCCGCAAUGAUGUAGUCCCAAAAACAGCUGAAAACUUCCGUGCCCUCUGCACCGGUGAACAAGGUUUUGGUUACAAGGGCAGCACCUUCCACCGUGUCAUCCCCAACUUCAUGUGCCAGGGUGGUGACUUCACAAACCACAACGGCACUGGUGGCAAAUCUAUCUACGGAAACAAAUUCGAAGAUGAGAACUUCACCCUCAAGCACACUGGACCAGGUAUCCUUUCCAUGGCUAAUGCUGGCCCCAACACCAAUGGAAGUCAAUUCUUUAUCACAACCGUGAAAACCUCCUGGUUGGACAACAGGCACGUUGUUUUCGGUCAAGUCAUCGAAGGUAUGGAUGUUGUCAGGAAAUUGGAAAGCUAUGGAUCUCAAAGCGGCAAAACAUCCAAGGUUAUCACUGUUCAAGAUUGUGGGCAACUUUCUUAAUCAGGGAACAUCAUGCGCACCUGUGUCCAGCUUCCAACAGCAUCUGCUCUUCACCGGUGAAUGCAGUAUUUUCUACCCCCCCUACCCUUACACAACGGCAUAAAAUCCUGUGGCCCUGCAAUUUAAAGUUAUUAAAAUGAACAAAAAUAGGUGUCUAUCGGCAUGAUGUCUAACAUCUGGUGUACAAUAUUUUAAUCUAUUUAUUUUUAUUGUAUUUUAAUUAAUGCCCAGUUUUAACUUUGUAUCCAUACAAUCUUUCACAGCAUUUAUAUUCUGACUCAUUCCACUAAUCGUGUAGCUUAUCGGUCAGUCUCGGUGCCAGUUUAGGAUAUUUUGAUCAGUUGAUUCUUUUUUACGUUUAGAUUGUAGACGAAAUUUGUUAACUUUCUUUUUCUUUUUCUACUCUGCGUCAUAUUUUUUUUGCAAGGUUCAUCCAAUGCUGGCUCAUUUUGUGCGAUAAUCUGUAAUUUUUUCUAUUCAUUUUCCCUAUAUUUUCUCCUUUUUCUUAACUCUUCAUGUGAGCACAUGUAUCAACCUUGAAUAAUAAAUGUUGGAGUGGUAGUAUAA